AUGGAAGCAUUACUUUCUCUAUCAUUCGACAAUCUUUCUUCUUACGAUGCUUCAAAGAUUCGAAAAGGUCUUCGACAGGUCGAAGGACUAUUAGCACAAAUUUGUCUAUCCAAUUCUCCAAAAUCCAAUGCCGAUAAGCGCCGUUCAGUUAUUGACCCGGGAAAAGAGCCACCUCCACGAAAAGCUCUCAGCGAACUACCUAACGAUGCCGCAUUUCGAGAGUUCUUUAGGUUACAGGAGGGAUUCGAAUGGAAUGUUGCAAUGCGGUUGGUUACAUGUUUGGAUAGAUUGAUGGGGAAGAGUGAUGAUGGGCAGAGUGAUACGUUGAUCAUCCAGACAUUAGAAUUGAUACAGGGUGUUCUUUUGUUACAUCCUCCAUCUAGGAGUUUGUUUUCCAGAGAAUUAUAUAUGAAUCAUCUGCUCGAUCUCCUUGAACCCGUCAAUUGUCCUGCAAUCCAAUCUGCAACCCUUCUCACUCUCGUCUGCUCACUUAUUGACACACCCAAAAAUACCCGCACAUUCGAAACUCUCGAUGGUCUCUUGACUAUUACCUCCAUAUUCAAAUCUCGAGAAACAAGCCGCGAAGUAAAGCUCAAGCUAGUCGAGUUCUUGUACUUCUAUCUUAUGCCCGAGACCUCAUCAAUCCCUUCAGCAACCACAUCAAAUUCGCUAGCAUUAUUGCAGCGAAGUCCAAGCAAAAUCCCUGUUGCAUCCAAUGGUCGGGAAGAGGCAGGGAGAAGAAGGGCACAGAGCGAAAGCGAACAUACAAAAACUUUGGAGGAAAAACAGGAGCUUUUGGGGAGAUAUCUUCAUAAUGUUGAUGAUUUGGUGGCAGAUCUCCGGGAGAGCCAUCCAUUUGGGGGGACUGUCGGUAGUUGA